CACUUUUGGAAGUUAAUGGGUAAACAUAGAAAUUAGAAAGAGAGGCCCACCCCUCAAGCUAGUCAUAAUAAGUCAAUAUGCUAUCCUAACAUACACUUGAAUGCUAUUAAUCAUAUUAAUAAUCACCGUUAUUCACUACUAGCACUACCAGUUAGUAUCGAAUAAAGCAAUAAGGCUCCCCUUCCGCUUCCAUGUAAGUGAAUGUAAUGUAAUAGAAGUAAUAGUGACAUUCAUUCCAAUUCAAAUUCGACAUUUUAUAGUUCCAAGGAAAGCAAGACAGGCGUGAUGGGUUGCAACGCCUCAAGAGUGGAUGGACUUCCGGCGGUGGCUCUGUGCCGCGAGCGCUGCAACUUGCUGGACGAGGCCCUCCGCCAGAGCUACGCUGUGGCUGAUGCACACGUGGCACACAUGCAGUCCCUCAAAAGUCUUGGCCUCGCUCUCCACACCUUCUUCCGUCACUCUGAAACAUUACCAUUACCUCCUUAUUCUAAAUGCCAUCAACAUGUGCACUCUUCCUCCUCUGCCUCCUCAGGCUCAGUGGAUGAGGAUACAGAUACAGAUACGGAUGCGGAUAUGAAUAUGGAUACGAAUAAAAUAUCCCACUUGUUCAACCAAAGCACUACCCGUUAUGAUUCCUCACCUCCUCCUCCUCCUCCGUCACCGCCGAGCACCUCAGAAUGGGAUUUCCUCAACUUCUUUGACACUUCUUUCGACAAAUACCAUCUCCCCUACACUGCUCCCAAUCCGCACACUCCUACUCCUACUCAUCAUCAUCACACUCACAAAGGAGAAGCCAAGCAGCAGAAGGAGGAUGGUGCUGACGCUGCUGCUGCUUCUUCCAAGGAAAAGACUUCAACUUGGAACAAGAAAGAAUCGGAGGAUCCUUUCUCCAAAGGUAGUAGUUUCUCUGAGGCAAUGAAAGAGAUUCAGCUUCUUUUUGAGAAAGCAUCUGAAUCGGGAAACCCAAUCUUGGAAAUGUUGGACGUUGGCAAACUUCGGUACCAUCGCAAUAUAGCCGUUAAUCCAGUUGGUUGCAAGUUGAUGCAGGUAUUUACUAGUCCUUCAACGCCUGUCACGGUCCAUUGCAGCAUGCAAUCAUCCCUCUUGGUUGGUCGGAGAUCAAUGGGAUCCGAGAAUGUUUGCUCUACUCUAAACAAGCUAUGUAUGUGGGAGAAGAAGCUCUACGAUGAAGUCAAGGGCGAGGAGAAAUUGCGCAUAAUCCAUCAGAACAAGUGUAGGCAGUUGAGGCGCAUCAGUAAAAAAGGUGCUGAUGCUCACAAGAUUGAUUCCCUGGAGACCAUGAUUGCUCUUCUAGCUACCAAAAUGAAAAUAUCUUUCCAAGUAGUUGACAACAUAUCUAACACCAUAUGCGACUUGAGGGAGCACCAGUUAUGGCCGCACAUCAGCACCUUCCUCUUUAGGUUUCUUCGAAUGUGGAAAGACAUGCUAGAAUGUUACAAACGACAGUGUAGGCAGAUUGCUGAAGCCAGGAGUUUAGAUACCUCCUUCAACGAAAAGCUCAGUAAUUCUCAUCUCUAUGCAGCAAUAAAACUCAAAUCUGAGAUUAAGAACUGGACUCUAAGCUUCUCAGAUUGGAUAUACGCCCAAAAGUCGCAUGUCAAAGCGUUGAAUGGCUGGCUAGUAAGAUGCCUGAUGCAUGAUCUUGAAGAAACAACAGCAGUACCACCCUUUUCCUCUGGUGGGAUUGGUGCACCGCCUCUGUUUGUCAUCUGCAGCAAAUGGUCACGGGCAAUGGAUGAUCUAUCGGAGAAGGAAAUGGUGGAAGCCGUCAACGGAUUCAUCCUCAGAGUGAAUGAGAUCUUGGAUAAGCAUAUCUCAGACCCUCGUCAAAAAGCAACAUUGGACAAGGAACUGGAGAGACAAGUGAAAAUCUUGGAGAGGCAGGAGCAAAAGAUGCACAAAGUGAUUCAGUCUCGGGAGAUAAAGAUGGGUAGAGGGGAUGCUGUGCAUCGUGGUGAACUUCUUGCUGCUAUGAGCUUGCAGUCAGGUCUCCAACAUAUUUUUGCUGCAAUGGAGAGGUUCACUGCCUCCGCCACUCGUGCAUAUGAACAAUUGUGCCAGCAAAUUGAGCUAGACAACCAUCUUUCGGGAGAUCUCAACAACAUUCAUUAGUUUUCUUUCGCUUUAUUCAUAUUGCACCAUUCGUUGAUUCUUGUCGCAUUGCAUCCAAGGUUUUAUAUGUCAUAUAUGUUAACCUUCGAAGAAAGGGUUGGUUAAUUGAAAUUUACAUGUUACGCAUUUAAAAUAAAAUUUAACUUUGAUACAAAUAUAAAAUAAUUUUAUACGUGCAUUCAAUUACGUAAUGCACCUAAAAAUAACUACCUUUUACAUUAAUAGUGUGAAUGAUCAUGGAAAAAAACGGAUGUGAUUGUAUGUUCGGUGCAUUAAAAUUAAACUUCUUAAAAUAAGUUAAAAUGUUUAUUUGAAAUUAAUAAAAUAAGG